AUGACCGUCCAGGCCAGGAGAUCUUCCGCCGCCUAUAACAAACCCUCACCUUAUAACUCACGAACACACGAUAGCGAUGUCGAGAAACAACCCAUUGGCCGUCAUCCCUACCGCCAUCACCGUCGCAGCGAUGACUCCGAAAGCGAAUCCGAAAGCGACGACGCCGACGGCCCAGAACACUCCUCCACCUCCUACCCACCUGUCAUGAACGGCGCGGGCCUGCGCCGUGCCCAGGCCGGCGUGGGUUUCCGUGUACCUCAGCGGAUUAUGCGAUGGCUCUGCUUCGCUCUCUUUGUCUCUCUCCUCCUGUUCGUCCUCACACUCUUCCGGGUCACCAUCUCUUCGUCGAUCUCGCCGGUCGUGGUCGAACUCCCUAAAGCCAACACCAACAAACCUCCUCAAUGGGAGAGCUUCCCGAUGCUGAGUCGCUACGAGGGCGGCCUGUCAAAAUUGGUUUCACGCAAGGAUAAUGUUCCCGAAUACCCUGGUGAUGGCCCAGAAGGCAUGCCACUUCCGCGGGAUGACACUUCGUCUACGGACGGUGAAGAGAAUAAAUUGAGCGCCAGGGACUUGAAGCCGACUAUGUCGAGCUCGGUUUUCAACCCAUACCCCGACUACGCGUCUGCCGACUACAUCGGUAAAUAUGUCCUACCCGGAGUCCCAGAAGGGUUCCCAGACCCAGCCAUGGGCUCGAACUCAAUUCUGGGGAUCCAGGAUGAUAUGUGCUUUGAUCGGUUUGGUCGUCUUGGCCCUUAUGGAUUGGGGUACGGGGUCAAGAAAGGCGGCAUUGGCGCCGGUCUGGAAGGCCACCGCGAUGGCGCCGAGCGCAUUUGGGAGGAUUCCCCUCCAAUUGACUAUCGUGGCGUGGAUUGGGCUGGCGCACAGCAGAGGUGUCACGCUGCGAACCGCCAUCGCUUCAAUGAGCUACCAGAGCCGCGCCUGAACCGGUUCGUUUCGAUGCCCGUGGGCGUUCCCAAUGUGAACAUCCCCUCCCUGGAGGAUAGCUCGACAACGAAGCCUAAGGUUGGCUCGGAUCGACUUUCGAGGACUGCUGUCGUUAUUCGAACCUGGCACGACUUCCAGUACACCCCCGAGGAUAUUAUGUAUUUGCGAUCUGUGAUCUCCGAGCUGUCGCUUGUUUCCGGUGGCGAGUACACGAUCCAUUUCCUCAUCCACGUCAAGAACGCCAAUCUUCAAAUUUGGUCGGAUGACGAGACAUACCAGCGUGUGCUGGACGAGGCAUUGCCCGAGGAAUUCCGUGGUAUGGGGACACUUUGGUCGGAGCAGCAAAUGGCUCUGAUGUACCCUGGCCUGGAGGAAACCUUGACUCGUGGCUUGCCCAUCCACGGUGUAUACCGCAGCACCUAUAUGCCUAUGCAGUACUUUGCCUACCAACACCCUGAAUACGACUAUUUCUGGAAUUGGGAGAUGGAUGCCCGCUAUACUGGCCACUGGUACCAUCUUUUUGACAAGGUCGCCGAGUGGGCUAAACAACAGCCUCGCAAGGGUCUUUGGGACCGAAAUGCCCGCUUCUACGUUCCCUCUGUUCAUGGUUCAUGGGAUGACUUCCGCCACACAGUUCGCGUCCAGACGGAGAGUGGUACCAACAGCCCUAACAACCUUUGGAGUCCUAGGAAGCCCGGCGCCGAUGGAGAGAGCGCUAGCAGUAUGAUGCAUCACCAACAAGGUGACAAAUCUAUCUGGGGCCCCGAGCGACCCGACGAGCGUGAUAUUUUCGAGGUGGAGGGUGAAGGAAUCCCACCGACCACGAUGGAGAAGGACCAAUAUACCUGGGGCGUUGGCGAAGACGCCGACCUUAUCGUUUUCAACCCGCUGUACGAUCCCGAAGGCACUACUUGGCUACUUCGCGACGAUGUUACAGGCUACAACAAGGAGAAGGGCAUGCCCCCGCGCCGUACUGCAAUCAUCACCGCUUCUCGGAUCUCCCGCAAGCUUCUCACCACCAUGCACCGUGAGUGCAGUCUUAAGCACCACAGCAUGUUCUCAGAGAUGUGGCCCGCAACGACAGCUCUCCACCACGGUUUCAAGGCCGUCUUUGUCCCGCACGCCGUCUACAUCGACCGCCGAUGGCCCACGCGCUACUUGGAGUCUGUCUUCAAUGCCGGUCGUAAUGGUGCCUCUGGCGGAGCCCGCACGUCUAUCUUUGGUGAACGCGAGCACAACUUCAGGGGUACAACUUGGUUUUACUCUGCCGGCUUUUCGCCGAAUAUCUGGCGCCGCUGGCUUGGACUGCGCGUCGACAACGACGGUGGCGAGCAACAAGAGUUGGCCGGCGAGGGCCGAAUGUGUCUCCCACCUAUGCUCCUACAUCCAGUUAAGGGUGUGUCGAUGGUUAUUGACGACGGAGAACAUGCUGAGGAUAUGUGA